ACAAAAAUAGACACGGAGUGGCUGUAGUUUAGCCUGCAACGCUGUGUGAAUUUCAGUCGAGGGGUGAAACACUAUUACUUUAAACACUGUUUCCCAUUUAUCUUCGCACUUCCACAAAAUGGUCAUUAAAGUCUUUCUCGCGUCAUCUUCAGGAUCGACAGCGAUCAAAAAGAAACAGCAAGAUGUUGUUGGAUUUCUUGCGGCACUUAAAAUCGAUUACACACAGCUUGACAUUGCUUCAAAUGAAGAGAAUCGCCAGUGGAUGAGGGAAAAUGUCCCUGGAGAAAUGAAGCCAACCAACGGAAUUCCUCUUCCUCCACAGAUCUUCAAUGAGGAGAAUUAUUGUGGGGAUUAUGACACAUUCUUUAAUGCCAAGGAGGACAACGCAGUCUUCGAAUUUUUGGGCCUGACACCUCCACCAGGAUCAAAGGAGUCAAAACAAGCUGAAAAUUCACAAAAGCUUCAUAUUGGAUCUGCCACAGAGGAACACAUCAAUGAUGACACAACAAGAAAGGAAAUCAAGGAAGUUGAGCAGAAUGGAGACGCACACACAGCAGAGCUGGAAGAAGAUGCUGUGGCUGAGGAGGUAGAGACUGCUGAUCAAGAGGAAGAACCAACAGAGGAGGCUGAGGAAGAUGAAGAGGAAGAGAGUAGAAAGGCAGCUGAGGAGGAAGACCAGGAUGAAGGAGAGUUUGAUAAGGGAGAAGACAAUCAUCUGGUGUCAGAGGCAGAAGAUGAUUUGGUGUCAGAGGAGGAAGAAGAACUACAAAAGCUUGAGGAUGAAGAGGAGCAGGGCUCUGAGGCAGAGGACUAGUUUUCUGAAUCAGAGGAUUUUAGACCUGGAAUUUCCCUGUACAGCUAGAAGUAACACCAAGUGCCCUGGAGCUGUCUGAUAAAUAUCAGCGUUCACUUCUCUGGAGCAUCGCCCAAGUCAAAUGUGACACCACUGCACUGCAGAAUAUGCACUCUGGACACACUAGCACACAAGCCCACCAUAAAUUGCAUC